AUGUUAGAUACGAUGAGAGCAGCAGGUCAAGAAAAGAUCGCACUCAAGAUCAUCAAACAAAACCAUUCAAAGAAGAGAAACAGGUCACGUAAUGGUCAGCUUUGGACAUGGACAUGCAAAUUACCUAUUAACUUAGAGAGGUAUCAGAUCUUCAACGAACUUAAUGCAGAGACAGCAAAGAAGAUGAUGAAAGAUUCAUGUUUCAUCUACGCUUGUAUUCAAGCUGGUGUUGACGAAGCAACAAUUAAUCAUAUGAGGGAAAUCAUUCGUGUCAAAGAUUUUCCAAUGUCAAAGAUUAAGGUUAUUGCCAAAGAAACAGGAAUAAGGUUCCAUGUCAUCAAAUACAACGAGAAGUAUUCAAAUCAUUCAUAUACUUAUGAACCAGAUGAAGAACCAAAGAUGACAGUAGAACUUUUAUUAAUGUAUGACCACUACAUGUUGAACGAAAAGCUUCCAAUAAGUUCAAUGUUCAUCAAGAACUAUGAAGAUGUUUGUAAGUUGUGCAAGGAUUGGACUUUAGAGAAGAAGAUGUUAGUUAACAGAAGAUAUGAAACAAGGUAUGCAAUUAACUCAAAGUUAGUUACACCACUUGCAAAAGUCAUUGAACUCUUGUUUGCUAACAAUUAUUUCGAACCAAUUAGAACAGGAGAACUUUGCACAUACUUCACAACGAUGUAUAAUGAGAACCUUGAAGAAAUGAUUGACCUCACAUACAAUGAGCGUUAUUGCGCAAGGAUGAAGAAAGAUUGGAGUUCAGAGACGAAGAAAGACAUGAAGUUCCCAAGAGAACAUGUUUUCUUUGCUGACUUCGAAGCAUCAACUGAUGGAAACAUUCACAAAGCAUACAACAUUUGUUUCAUGGAAGAUGACGAUGAUGGUUAUACAUCAAUUUGGGGAAGUGACUGUGCGUCAAAAUUCCUCGAAGCUUUACCAGAUAAGAGUUUAGUUUAUUUCCACAACUUAUCGUACGAUGUCACUUUUCUCAUGUCUCAGUUAGAAGAGAUUACAGGAACUCCAAUCAUCAAAGGUUCACAAACGAUG